ACGAAAAUUAAUUAGCCCCUGUGUAUAGAGUCGUGGCAAUUUGUCAAAAUCUUCAACUUAAUCUUGAACAAAUAUUUGCACAAUGAACCACGUUCGAUUGGAGACAAGGGACGGAUUCCUUAUACGCAUCGAUUUUGGGGUCCUGCAGCGGUCAAAGGUCAUUCAGCAUAUGUGCCAGUACAGCACAGCGGAAAACGCAUACAAAGAGCUGAUACUCCCGGUGCAUGGCAUCAAUCACGAUGUACUACUCAAAAUUUUGCUCUGGAUGGAAUAUCACAAGGGCGACGAGGAACCCGCCUGGGUCCAGAGCAAAGACGAGCCCGCCGACAUCGAACGCCACAUUGACGACUGGGACAAGGAGUUUCUGCGCGAGAAGCUGGCGACCGUUCGGGCCAUAAUGAAGGGCGCCGACUACCUGGACAUACCCUGGCUGGUGAAGCUCUGUGCCCGUAAGCUUCGCAUUCGCGGAUCCGCAGAGCUAUAUCUACGCAUUCUAGGAACCAUAGCACCACUGGAUUAGUUGAUGUUAAAUAGUCUGUAUAUCUGUAUAAGUUUG